AUGCUGGAGAGCCAGCUCCGCCAACUCCCAAUUCGCGCGGGGUUCUUAGCGGCACAUUCUACAUCGCAAGGGAUAGGCUCGCUGUACAUGGUACCGACUGCAAGGCGGGUAAUACUCACAGAGUUGACAGGGCAUUGUCGUCAACGCAUUCCUUCAUCGCGACCACCCACAGCAUAUGGACCGAUUGAGGGGACAUGA